CAGGAGAUAUCCCAAUGGAGACACUCGCACGAUUCGAGAAGGACGUGAAACGAACCGACACCGGGUUCCUGGCGAUAGCAACAGAGGCGGAGAACGACAGCGGAAAAACCUUGGAACCUCUAGGAAAGAUCAAGGAAUUAUUGAAGGAGUUUCAAGACAUUCUUCCGGACGAUCUUCCGAACGAGCUACCGCCAUACCGGACGCAUCAACACGAGAUCGUAGAGGAACCGGGUUCGAAGCCGACCUUCCGAGCACCAUAUCGGCUCAGCCCUACGGAGCUGACCGACAUGAAAAAACAGAUCGAGUAUCUCCUAGCCAAAGGACUCAUCCGACCAUCCACUUCACCAUACGGUGCCCCAGUACCCUUCACACCGAAACCGGACGGAAGCUUGCGCAUGUGCAUCGACUACCGAGCUCUUAACAAGCAGAUCAUCAAGAAUAAAUAUCCAAUACCGCGAAUCGAUGACCUGCUUGACCAGCUUCGGGGAGCUACGGUAUUUUCCAAACUGGAUCUGCGGUCCGGAUACUGGCAGAUACGGAUGGCGGACAACUCUAUCCACAAAACUGCUUUCCGAACUCGGUAUGGAUCGUACGAGUAUUUGGUAAUGCCGUUCGGACUCACCAACGCACCGGCAACAUUCCAAGCCGAAAUGAACCACAUUCUACGACCACUUUUGGACGAGUGCGUGGUGGUGUACCUGGACGACAUCCUCAUCUACUCACGCGACAUGAAGCGGCACGUCGAACACCUGCGACGCGUCUCCGAAAUUCUUCGACGCGAACAAUUCUACGUCAAACUGUCCAAGAGCGAAUUCGCCCUUGAGAAGGUCCAGUUCCUAGGACACUUGGACGCUCAAGGAGUUCACGUCGACCCCAAGAAAAUCGAAGCCGUACGUGCGUGGAAGACACCCGAGAACGUGAAGGAGUUGCAGCAGUUCCUAGGCUUCGCUAAUUACUACAACAGGUUCUUGCCACAGUAUGCGAAAAUCGCAGCACCACUCACGAAUCUGCUGAAGAAGAACACACCCUACAAAUGGGAGCCGAAGCACCAGGAAGCCGUGGAGCAGCUGAAGCAAGCACUUACAUCCGCACCAGUACUCAUCUUGCCAGAUCCCGAACGCGACUACGUCAUCGAAGCUGAUGCCAGCGACCAGGCAGUGGGAGCAGUCUUAAUGCAAGAUCAAGGGAAUGGACUGCAACCAAUCGCCUACCUGAGUAAGAAACUACACAGGGCAGAACUCAACUACCCGAUACACGACAAGGAGGCCCUGGCUAUCAUCAUCGCCUUCAAAGCAUGGAGAUGUUAUCUCGAAGGACGAAGAACAACCAUCUACACCGACCACUGCAGCCUGAAAUAUUUGAAGACACAACCCAAUCUUUCCAGGCGACAAGUCCGGUGGAUCGACUUCCUUGAGACACACUUCCACUACGACAUCGUGUACAAGCCCGGCCACAAAAACAAAGCAGACGCUCUCAGCCGGCCUGCACACGUUGCCGCUAUUCAGGUCGAAGGGAUGAAUCCACUACUCAAGGGACUCUUCACACACGGGUACGCCACUGACCCCGAAAUUCCCUCGGCAGAAAAGCGACAUCUGCUCCACUGGGACAACGACAUCGCGUACCGAAAAGGAUCAACGAAAAUCUGGGUACCCAAUUACCCUCCUUUGCACCAGUUACUACUCGAAGAAUACCACGACGUCCUCUACGCCGGACACUUUGGUAGCAACAAGACGCUGACCGGUAUCGCAAAGCACUACUACUGGCCCCACUUGGCAGAAGAUGUUCAGAAGUUCGUCACCUCGUGUGAUACAUGUCAGCGGAUGAAGAGCAGCAAACAGAAGAAGGCGGGACUACUGCAGCCUCUUCCUGUCCCAGAACAACCAUGGGAAGUGGUUAGCCUGGACUUCAUCACCGGGUUACCACCUACCUCCAGCGGUCAUGACGCCAUCCUUGUCGUCAUUGAUACAUGCACUGAAGAAACAACACAACUCUUCAUUCGAUACAUCAUCUCACAGCAUGGCAUUCCAACCACACUCAUCUCCGACAAAGACCCCAAUUUCACUAGCAAGUUCUGGAAGGAACUUAUGUCUCUCGUCGGGACCAAACUAGCCAUGUCAUCCGCUUACCAUCCGCAGACAGACGGCAAGACUGAGCGCCUCAACCAGAUUGUCGAGCAACUCCUUCGAGCAGCCUGCAAGGACGAGAUCUCCAAAUGGGACUUGCAUCUGCCCAUUCUAGAGUUUGCUUACAACAACGCUACUCAUGCCGCUACGGGCCAGACGCCGUUCUUCCUCUGCUACGGACGCCACCCACUCACACCACAAAAACCGACAGCAUCAGCUACAAUUAACAACGCCUUCCAUGUCCAACUUAUGAAGCCCUAUCGGGAUCCGAACACGAUCUUCGUCGGACGCCAACCACCGCCGCCGCCGCCCGUCCUUGUCCAGAAUGAACCCGAGUACGAGGUCGAGUCCGUGCUUGCACACCGCCGUCGACGGAAUGGCACCGUGGAGCUUCUCAUCCGUUGGAAGGGUUAUGAUCCUUCUGAGGACAGCUGGGUACCUGAGUCUGACAUGGGUAACACCCGCCGUCCUCUACAUGACUACCUUGUCAAGCAGGCGUGCGAAUUGGACACUCACGGAGACGGCUCGGGGACUUCUCAUUGAAGCCGGUCUUCCCAAUUACUUUUGGCCGGAUGCGGUGCGGCAUGCUUGUGUGGCCAAGAACAGAGCCUUGAAUCACGUGGGAGAAGACAAAUGGGUGCCCUAUGUGGAGUGGAUUGGAAGGAAGCCGAAGGUGGAUAUGCA